AAUAAGAAGCAUAUCACGUUUAUUCAUAACAACUCAAUUCUGUUUUCCCUUUUUCUCUGCGUUGCUCUUCUUUUCAUCUACUACAAAACACAGACAUCAUAACAGGCAACGCAGCCUCUCACAAAAUGGAAAGAGAUCUAAAACAGAAACUACUGACAAAAUCACAAGAAAAUGAAGAAGAAGAAGAGCCACUUGGAAAAAGGGUGUGGAAUGAAACAAAGCUUAUGUGGAUAGUUGCAGCACCAGCUAUUUUCACAAGAUUCUCAACUUUUGGUAUUCAAGUUAUUAGUCAAGCUUUUGUUGGUCAUAUUGGUUCUAGAGAACUCGCUGCUUUUGCUCUUGUUUUCACUGUUCUCAUUAGAUUCGCCAAUGGUAUUCUGUUGGGAAUGGCAACUGCAUUGUCAACACUAUGUGGACAAGCAUAUGGUGCAAAAGAAUAUAGCAUGAUGGGAGUUUAUCUUCAAAGAUCAUGGAUAGUUUUAUUCGUAACAGCACUCACUCUUCUUCCUGUUUUCAUCUUCACAACCCCAAUUUUGACUCUCUUAGGCCAAGAUGAAAGCAUAGCACAAGUAGCAGGAACAAUUUCUCUUUGGUCAAUUCCAGUUAUGUUUGCUUUCAUUGUCUCAUUCACUUGCCAGACAUUCCUUCAAUCACAAAGCAAGAAUACCAUCAUUGCAUUCUUGGCAGCUUUUUCCAUUAUCCUUCAUGCAUUCCUCUCUUGGCUUUUGACAACGAAAUACAAAUUUGGGAUUGCUGGUGCAAUGAUUUCAACUUGUUUGGCUUACUGGAUUCCAAACAUUGGUCAACUUAUAUUUGUUACAUGUGGUUGGUGCCCUCAAACUUGGAAUGGUUUCUCAUUUUUAGCAUUCAAAGACCUUUGGCCUGUUGUCAAACUUUCCCUUUCAGCUGGUGCCAUGUUGUGUCUUGAGCUGUGGUACAACACAAUAUUGGUUCUUUUGACAGGGAACAUGAAAAAUGCAGAGGUUGAAAUUGAUGCACUAUCUAUAUGUCUCAACAUCAAUGGAUGGGAAAUGAUGAUAUCACUUGGUUUCAUGGCUGCAGCAAGCGUUCGAGUAUCGAAUGAGCUUGGUAAAGGAAGCGCGAAAGCUGCAAAGUUCUCGAUCGUUGUGACAGUCCUUACAUCAUUGGCCAUUGGAUCCUUUCUGUUUCUGUUUUUCUUAUUCUUUAGGGAACGACUUGCUUAUAUAUUUACCUCAAAUAAAGAGGUGGCCGCAGCUGUCGGAGAUUUAUCGCCUUUGUUAUCAAUCUCUAUACUACUAAACAGUGUUCAACCAGUACUCUCAGGAGUUGCUAUUGGAGCUGGUUGGCAAAGCAUUGUAGCAUAUGUGAACAUAGGUUGUUAUUACAUCAUAGGUAUUCCUGUUGGGAUUGUGCUUGGUAAUGUUAUUCAUUGGCAAGUCAAGGGAAUUUGGAUGGCUAUAGUGCUAACUAUAAUUACCUACAAAACUAAUUGGGAUGAACAGGUGAAUGUAGCUCGUAAUCGCAUAAACAAGUGGUCCAAGGUGGAGAGUACUGAUCAAGAAAGAAAAACAAAAUUAAUUGGAACAUAGUUUCAAUGAUAUCAAUUGUGUCUUAUGCAGCCAAUAAAUUGAUAUAUAAAUAGAUAGAUAGCAAUUGUAUGUUUAUCUAUUAUUAAUUGUAUGUCUUAAAUCAAAUUUGAAAUGGAUUUCUCUCAUAUAGUUUUGGAAUUUAAUUUCAAAUAGGUCUAAUGGUUUUGCUCAUA